GUUUUGGAGCUUGGCUCGAUUUUCCCUUUCAAAGGAAGUUUUACAUAUAGGACUAAGGAAAUUCUGCAAAUGAACUCUAUUUACUUUAAACACGUCUUUCUCUUAACCAUUGCUCGUAAAUCUGUAAUAGACACUUCGCUUUCUAUUGUAUGUUCAACCAGGCGGCAGUACACCACACUCCCUAGUAAGGAAGAGGUGCUGAAGGCAUAUGAUGUAUUGGGCGUAAGUACAAGCGCUCCUUAUGCCGAUAUCAAGAAGAAGUAUAUUAGCUUGGCAAAACUUCACCAUCCUGAUUUAGCAUCUGAGACAAAAAGUGAGAGUGCCAACAAUCGCAUGGUCGAUAUUAAUAAUGCUUACAACACUGUCAGCCGCUUCCAUAAGGCGGGACAUAAACUUGCACCAUCGGACGGAUCUUAUGGAUCCUCACAGGGUUCAACCCGUGGAUCAUCGUUUUCUAGUAAUCCCAACAACAGCAAUGUGCACUCGGAUUCAUAUGGGUCGUCAUAUCAGCCGUGGUAUGAGGAUCUGGAUCCACUUUUGUAUGAAAUGAUGUGGGAAGAAAUGCGACAUCAAAAUGAUGAGGAUAUUAAGGUGCGUGCUUCAAUGGAUCGUGAUGAUUUAUAUCGUUCACGUUUUAAUACCGAACGACAGAAUGAUAGCAGCGGUAACCAAAGGUCUCCGCAGCAACAUCACAACCGGCAUCGUAUCAAAAAACGUAUGAAUAACGAAGAGAGCUCUAAAUCAACUGCGAUGUGGCCAGAGGCCGAUCUGAAGGCCAUGGUUAACAUGUAUCAUGAUGGAAAAAGCUUUGAGUUUAUUGGUAAUGCUCUUGGUAAGCAGACAUCGCAGGUUGUAGACGAGUUCAACCGCUGGAGUCAGGACAAUAAUAAAAAUCACAGGAGCAUCAAUUUCGGCAGACGACAGCAUCCUUCUCUACGGAAGGGUCCAUUCUAUCACGUUGAAUUCCCAGAUGGCCCGCCAUAUGACUUUCAUGAUGUUGUUGACGCCGACGACUCUACUGAGGAUGACGAUAUGUACGGCUAUUACGUCGGUGAGGACUACAGCAAUGCGGAUCCGAUCAGCCACUUUGACGGUGAUGAUGGACCAAUUCCUUAUAGUGGUGUGCAUUUUAUAAAUGGUGUGAAGCCUUCGCGUGCGUUCAACAUGAAUUACGGAAAAGGCUUCCAUAAACAUCAUCGUAGCAACGUAUCCAACAGCCGAUGGAAAAGAGACAAAAACAGUAAUUCUUAUUCAAGCAGCACUAACCCCCGGCGCAAGAGUUAAGACAUAAUUAAAAGAAA